AUGUCGACAGGAAAGUGGCUUACCGAGAAAAAGAGCAAACGACCAGAGGCGAAGGCAAGCUGGGCUAUGGUAAGGGAAGGGGGAUCAAGAAUCGCGGAAUCAGCAAAGGAGACGGAGAGGGCGUUGGUUGAUGAUGGAGAUGAAGAAGAAGAGCAAUGGAAGAUGGUGGAAGCAAGUGAGGUUUUGUUGGACGAGGUUGACUGGGAGGUCGAUGGGAGGGAGCUCGGGCAAGUUGGGGGCCCCUUGGGAACCACGACCCCGGGGCUUGCUGGCCCGGCCAUGCGCAAGUGCAUUCACCUUUUGGUUGAAGUGCCAACGCUGUGGAAUGCUCCAAGCCCGCCCCGGUGGAACCUGAAAUAA